AUGGCCUGGAACAAUCGCCGUGGUGCUAGAGGACGCAAUGCGGACCACAUGAGGCAAGAUGAGAAAGAUGAGGCCUUACUUCUUAUGAGUGCCUCGUUAAUGUUAAUGCAUCUGUCGCUUGCACACGUGGAUAAUAAUCAACCACUUCCGCAACAUGAUGGUUCAUUCACAGAUAGGCAGUGGGUGGAACGCUUAUUCUACGGUCAUCAUAGACGCUCAAUAGACAACAUGCGUAUCACGAUUGAUAAUUUCUUACAACUGUCCAAUAUCCUUGUCGAGAGACAGUACGUUCCACACAAUUACCAACAGCGCGUGCCCAUACAGGAGGCGCUUGCUAUGACUUUAAUGUUGGUCAGCCACAAGCAUACGCACCGUGUGUUGGGGACUAUUUUUGAUCGAUCCAUUGAGACGAUUAAUCGAAAUAUAAGAAAGGUGCUCCGAGGCCUGUGUCUAUUUGCAGCUGAAAUAAUACGACCGGGUGAUCAGACUGCAGUUCAUUCACGAAUUGCAAACUCAACUAAUUUUUAUCCAUGGUUCAAGGAUGCCGUGGGAGCGAUGGAUGGCACCCACAUCUUAGCUUGUCCUCCGACAGUCGAGCAAAUGGCAUAUACAAAUCGGCACGGAUUUCAAUCACAGAAUGUUCUGGUAGUUUGUGACCAUGACAUGCGCUUCAUCUAUGUGUAUGCUGGAUGGGAGGGAAGUGCACACGAUGCGCGAGUGUUGGAGUCAGCAUUAGUAUAUCCGUCCGAUUUUUCACUGCCGCAACCUGAUAAGUGAUGGAUCAAAUAUUUCGAGUCAAGUGUGUGCUAUGCUUUAUUACCACAACUCCUAUUUUUUAUCGCGUUUAUUAAUUGGAAUAACUUUGUCAAUUAGGUCAGUACUACUUAGUUGAUGCGGCAUACAGGAAUGCUCCUGGUUUCAUGCCCCCGUAUAAGAACGUGGGGUCCGAAUCUCCGGCAAAGACCUUGUUCAAUACUCGACAUUCACAACUUCGCAAUGUCAUUGAGCGUACAUUCGGUGUGCUUAAGAAAAGAUUCAAUAGUUGAAGGGUCAGGCAGAUAAUUUCUACAUGAGCACUCAAAUAACUAUAGUCAUUGCUUGUUGUGCGUUGCACAACUUUUUAAGGAUGCACCAACCAGAAGAUACCCAUUUUCAAUGGUUUGAAUCAGAAGACGUGCACUUAAAUGAAGAGCCAGAAAUAUGCGGGCUAGUACCUCAGCCGUUCGCAUUAAACGUAUCUCCUGCAGAGCUGGCGGAAUGGAAAGUUAAACGAGACUACAUAGCGACUCAAAUGUACGCAGCACGAGGGCGACGCCGCCGUUAGGUGUUCGUUGCAUUACAAAGGAUUGUAACUGUCCCUAA